AUGGGAUCUCAUUACCGUAACUGGAAACUGGGUGAUGACAUUUUGGACUCCGAGCUGCGAUUACCGGGCAUGGAGCUAUUGAGGCGUGAUCGUCCAACGCUAGGUGGGGGCGUGUUCCUCUACUAUCAUAACAGCAUGCAAUGCGAGCAAAUUGAGUACCCGUUCGCUGCUUACGAUACGUUAUGGUGUAAAUUGAAGCUAACACAACAUGAUAUCGGGCUGAUUGGUGUGGUUCAUCGCCCUUCUUCGUCAGCAGAUUCAGUUAAUGGCACUUCUUGUUAUUGA